UGGCUUCGCGCAGGGAGUCCUGGAGUAAUAAUGGCAGGGUCUGGACGCGCAGCCGUGGCGACCGCCCGGUCGGCGGGUCUUGGAGGCUCGGGACAGCCGCACGCGCGGCGGCGGCAGCAGUCGCAGGGCCAGCAGCGCUCGGCCUCGCAGACCGGACGGCGCGGCAAAGAAAAGAAGAAAGUGAAUUGCAAGCCCAAGAACCAAGAUGAGCAAGAAAUCCCUUUCCGACUCCGAGAGAUUAUGAGGAGCCGACAGGAGAUGAAAAAGCCGCUCAGUAACAAGAAGAGAAAGAAGGAGGCUCAGGUGGCUUUCAGGAAGACCUUGGAAAAGGAAGCAAAGGGAGAAGAGCCAGACAUCAUUGUCCCCAAGUUCAAGCAAAGGAAGGGAGAGUCUGAUGUGGCCUACAUACAACGCAUGGAGCAGGAGGCCCAGCACGUGCUGUUCCUUAGCAAGAACCAGGCCACUCGGCAGCCAGAGGUGCAGGCAGCUCCCAGGAAGGAGAAGUCUGAACGGAAGAAAGCGUUUCAGAAGCGGCGACUUGAAAAAGCCCAGAAGAAAAAGGAGGCAAGAGCCGUGGAGAGACUAGAGCAGGAGCUGCUAACAGGUAUCUCUCCCCAGGAGGCACAGAAGCUGAGGCCCCCAUGCACUUCACCUGGUCUUUUCCUUAGAUCUGCUUGGUGGCACCUCUGGACUCUUCCAGGCUCACUACUAGUAGGCCAGUGGUUGAAUACUGUGAAGUUUGGAGAAGUUGUGCUGCAGCCCCCAGAGCUGACAGUCCAGCCUAGAAGGAGCAUAAGCAGAGAUGUGCCUGGCAAGAAACCGCUAAUGCUAAAGAUGCUUUUGGGCCCUGGUGGUGUGUCCCCGACUCCAGCCACCUCACUGGCCCGCCAGCGGAUCCUGGGGGAAGAGCGGGCACGGGCUGUGCAGGCUUACAGAGCCCUGAAGAAGCUGCAGCGACAGGAAGUGACGCCUGCACAGCCACCUGGCAGCUCUUCUCAGAGGAAGCUCCAAACUUGUCUGUGAUUCAGAGACCCAGGGGUCCAGUCCCCUGGAAACUGGCCUGGGAGCUGCUAGACCUGGAAAGGGAAAGACAGCAGAUGCUUGUCUCUGGAUAGGGGCCUGAGCAUAAGCUUUCAAUAUGGGGAUGGGGUGCUUUUCUUUCCCCUUCCCCUAAAGAUCACCCUUUUAAGAGUGACCACCUAUGAAUCCCAUCUCAGACAGGGCAUGUUUCCUCAACACUUGCUUAGACACAGAUGGGAGAGCUGGUGUUUUCCCUGAGCCUAGUAGCUUCAUUCUGAAACGAGACUCAGGGAAGACAAGCCAGGACCACUGUAGAAAGGACUCAGUUCCUUAAUCCAGCUGAUUACUGAAGCUGCUGAUGAAGGGUCAGCCUUGUGUCUUAAGAGGCUCCCAGGGUUUCAGUGCAGUGCAAGGCAGGGACUGGGCAAAGCAGGCUAACGGCAGUGGAAGAGCAGGUACACCCAGGGCAGGUGUAUCAGUCAGGUACCUGGCAGUCAGCACCUUCUUUGCCUGCAGAGGUCUGUACAAGAGGCCAGAGCCCCAGUCUAGGUUUGGUUUGGAUAGAGAUGGGGUGCCGGCACUAGCUGAGCACCUUGAGGUGUACACAUAACAGCCAGGUUUCAGGGGUAGGAGGGGGCAGAGUAGUUACACCAAGAGAGUAGAACAGGUCCAUGUCCUGCAUAACAGACCUCUGGGAAAUAAGGCAGGCCUUCUGAGAGGACCAGAGUUGGAAUCUGGUUGAGCAUGUCUCCCGCAGUACCAAAAGAGAGGGAGUACCUGAUACUAAACUCACCCAAACCUCAGGAGUGUGGUGCCACCCAAUAAUCCUGGCACCUAGAAGGUAGAGGCAGAAGAAUUGGGAGUUCAAAGCCAGUCUUGACUACAUGAGACAGUAUUUAAAAAAACAAAACCACAUGUAGACAUCAAAAGAACUAGGGUUGGCCCUCCUGGGGAAGCAUAGUCUUAUUAAAUUUGCUCUCUGAUACACUCAGUCCCACUCAGUGCAGGUCAGUGUGACUGGGGAUGAGUGUUGAGACACACACCCACAGUAGCAUUGGUCACCUGAUUUCCUGCUAAGCUCAGGACUAGAACCAGGGCCCAGAGCCACUGUUAUCAGAGCUGCAGGCUUUUCUGUUCUUUUCAGAAGCAUUGUGAUCAUCCACUUAAAGCACAACUGGCCAGUUCUGUGAACUGCAGUAAAGAACUCUGGGUAAUUGUAUCUUAAAGAGCCCAUACCCAUAUGUACUUUAGGUAUGUCUUUAAAGAAGCCCACACCUACGCUUUCAGGUUUUAUUUUUAUUUUUUGGUUUUUUGAGACAGGGUUUCUCC